AUGACAGACCAACCUACCCCAACAACAAUAACAUGGUCCAACACUCCAGUCAAGGAAUGGACUACCCAAUUGGCUAAUGAUUGGGUGAAUGCCACUCUCGAGGACGCAGGUUAUCCAAAUAGCCUUUCCCUCAAAGUCUUGAUCCCUCCAAUCGCAGGUAAAAGAAUUUGGUUGUCGCUUGAUUCAAGAUUCUUAUUUGAUGGUUUGUUCUUUGUGCCCAGUGGUACCGAAGCAGAUCUCAAAUCUGAGCAAAGCAAGGCUCUCCUUGAUGUGCUUUUCAAACAACUCGGUUCUCUCAACCCCCCACCUCAGACUAAUAAUUCACCGCCAUACGAAGAAUUGUUAGAAUUUUACAACAAAGCAAAACAAAGUGAAAAAAUGGAUGCAACUACUCAAGCACCAACAAGGCCGGGGAUAGUCUCUCUGGCCACCCUUUUCUAUCCACCGUCACAUUCGGUCUUGAAAGGAUCUCAAUCAAUUGAUCAACAAAUUAGCAAGGUAUAUGAGGACAUGGAAAUGGCAAAAAAACUCCGGGAAAGGGAAGAACUGGAGAGAUUAGAUCUCGAUGUUGAGAGAACUGUAGCAGCGACCCACAGAGACACCGUUUCUUUGGAGGCUGAGGCAGACCGAGAGAAUGUCCACCAACAAAAUUUCACCAAUGCCUCGCCGACUUCAAGUACUUCUUCAGGGUCCAAGUUGGCUAUAUCUGCUUUAAUAGGAAUACAAAAUCAAAAGCAAGAACAAGAAGAACAAGAAGAGCAAGAGGAACAAGAAGAACAAGAGGAACAAGAGGAACAAAGUUGUAAAUUUAAUCAAUGUGGGUGCUCUGGUUGGUUAGAGCCAAAAACUGGUUCAAGUUUAGCCAAACAUAACAAGUGUGGUAGGUCAAUGUGUAGACAUGUUAGAUCACAUCACCCAAAAGCGUCAAAACCAUAG